UUGAGGUCUGUCGCGAGAGGAUGCUGAAUCGUUUAUGCCGUUGAGUUCGUUGAAUAGGUAGAUUGUUUUUUGUUUCCUUGUGGCUUGCUGAGGCGGUGAACUACAAUUGAUUACCUGUGGAGAUCUCUCGGAGUGCUGGUCUAUUGAAAGAGACUAGAAGCAAGGCCGCGCCGGUGCCGUCUGAGGAAAAGUGUUCAAGCCACCGCCGUCGGUAUUUGAAUGGCAAAUGCUGUGAGCUUGAAGUGAAGAAAAGGAGUGUUAUAGUGCUUUCAUUGAAAAGGGAAUAUUAUACCGGCGCUAUGGAUAACUAGUGUAUUGGAGAUUGUUAAGCGACGAAGAGUGUGAUUAGUGAAUUUUCAUCUGAAGAAUUCGGCAGAUUUGAAUAUUUGCAGUAUAAUGAAGACUGAGUUCAAAUCCUGUGGCGGUUGCGCAGAGCAAAUAACCGAUCGUUACAUAUUUGAAGUGAGUGGCUGUGCGUGGCAUGGGUCUUGCCUUCGAUGCAGCAUUUGCUACUGUUCCCUGGAACGACAAGUUUCGUGCUAUUUCAAAGACGGUGAAGUCUACUGCAAAACCGAUUAUAUCAAAAAAUUUAAAGCCAGCUGCGCCAAAUGCUCCCGAUCGAUAUCCCCUUCGGAUUGGGUGCGAAGGGCUCGAGAUUUCGUGUUCCAUUUGGCGUGCUUUGCGUGUGACUCCUGUGGAAGGCAGCUCUCCACGGGAGAACAGUUUGCCAUCAUCGAUGACCGGGUGCUGUGCAAGACUCACUACAUGGAACUUAUUGAUGACGGGACGACUUCCAGUGAGGAUGGCUGUGAUGCUGAAGGCAACAGCAAGAACAAAACCAAACGGAUACGGACCACGUUCACCGAAGAGCAAAUCCAGAUACUGCAGGCCAACUUUCAGAUCGACAGCAAUCCAGAUGGCCAGGAUUUGGAAAGGAUAGCUCUGGCAACGGGAUUGAGCAAACGAGUCACACAGGUGUGGUUCCAGAACUCGAGAGCUCGUCAGAAAAAGCACGGUGAGAUUUAUCCAUCUAUCCUGCAAGAGCUUGGAUCUAAUCAGAUUGUGUCUUUGGCAGUUCCCCGAGGUCAGGAGCUAUUCAAUGGGCUGCGAUCGGAUAUGAAUAACAACAGUAGCAGUAAUGAUAGUCCUGGAGGAGCAUCAAUGGGCGAGGAGUGUGCAUUAGCCAAGGCAUCGAUCUUCAAUCACCACGGCUUCAUCAACCUGAUGGUGUGACCAGAGGGGAUCCACUCGAUGGGUGGCCAUGACCCCCGACAGCAGCAACAGCAUGUUGGCUACUCUUGAGGAUAGCUGACUAGGGCACGGGACGCAUUCGUCUCCUGAGAAUAAGCUAUUAUUCGCAACUGUUGAAAAACGCACUGUUAGCCCACCGAAUUGAAAAAGGGAAAGGAGAAACACUGAGAAGAAUACAGUACGCAGCCACGCUAAGGACUUUCGGUAUGUUUGAGCCGACUAGAAGGAAAACUGUCCAUGUUAUUCAAAUGUGUUUUGCUUUAGUUCGUCCUUACAGAGUUUCAUUGGUUUGUGUUGGUUUCUGCGCGUUUUAUAGACGAUGAAUGGUGCUCUGCAUUUGAUUGAAUGAAUGCUAACUAUGUACAGGAGAUUCUUUUGUAAAUACAAAUCACCAAAGUAAUAAAACUUACGCUACAACUGAGGUAAAA